AACAUACUUUCUUUUGUUCCGGAAAUAGAGUGUUACCGUUUUAUAUGUAGUUGGAAACAUAGAUGAGAGGGUAUGGAUGAAACCCAGCGGCUAGAUGACUCAUUCAUGGACGAUCGGUUUGAACUAGAUGGAGACCAAGCUAGAAAACCUCUGGCCAAACUCAGGGUGUUCAAAAAUGAGCACAUUCCCGAGACUGAGUUACCCCUCUACAUUGGAGAAAAUGUGAUGGGCCGGGAUCCCACCUCCUGCUCUCUGCCCCUCGACGCUCGAUCCGUGUCCAAGCGGCAUGCUGUCAUCUCUCUCUCCGUGUUUCCUGGCGACAGGAUUCAUGUCAGCCCUGUUGUGGAGGCGCUGGUCUGGGACCUGGGCAGCAUGAAUGGGACGCGGAAGGGUAGAUUCCGUCUGACGCCCCAUGUCCGGUACGCCCUGACCGAUGGGGACAGUGUGGUGCUGGCCGACCUGCCCUGCCAGUAUAUUGACACAAGCGAGGUGCUGAGGGAGGGGUCGGCAGAGCCCGAAAGGGUCGUAGGAGGAGGGGAACUCCCGGCGAAAGGUAGGGGGCGGAGUUUGAGGACACGGAUGGGAAAGGAGAGUGAGAGCAAAGAGGGUGGCUGGAGCAACGGCAUAAAAAACGUAAACUUAAAAGGAAACGUCAAGGGUGGACGGAUGGGAAAUGAGACAGUGACCCCGAGUGUGGUCAGGAGCAUGAGCCUGUCACUGGCUCAAACGCCGGCAUGUCCAGAUAACUUGCAUGUUCUUGAACUGGAUUCCGACUCGGAUGAUAGCACAAGAGCAAGUAAAGGUCCCACCUGCUCUACUUUCUUGUCUCCCAUGAACAGCAUUGUUCCAGAGAGUGAGGAUGAGAACUCUGUCACACCCUCUUCUUCUGUGAAAGACAAUAGCCACCAAAGAAUGAAUCAAGGAGGGAAAGGUUCGGCUACAACUAAGAGGAAGCCUCAGAUACUGGUGUACGAUAGCGACUCAGAGUUUGAGGAGCGAGAGACAUUGAGUAAAAAGGAUUCUACCACUGGUCUGGGGGACAUGGCAAAUGAACAGGAAGGGCUGCCUGAGGGAAUGGCCAUCGAUGCCACUCCGAAUGGAAGAGCUGGACCAAGCGAAAAUGUAGGAAUGGAUAAGAGUGAAGCUGGAUCGUCCACAGUUGGGCCACAGCCUUGUAAGCCUGGCAGCCAGGUUUCCAGUGGAGGUGGAAGCCACACUGCUGACAAUGAAGAGGAGCAGAAAGACCCUCCACAGAGGUCAGAUCCUCAUUCUUUGGGGAACAAUGAUCCCAACAAUUCAUCCAUACAGGAUGGCUCCAGUGCAAGCAAGCCAAGUCUCAGCAUGGACAGUGACACUGAUGUCGAAUGCAAGCAAGGAUCAGAACAAGUGCUUGGACCUGUCAGUGGCACAGAAGCCACAGACAGGACCUGUAAAUCCUCCAGAACUUCUAUGGUACAGCCUGAGGAAUUUCAUCUAGACAGUGAUACUGACAUUGAGGACAAUGAAGAUAAUGCACCUAUGUCCCCCUCCACGAUUAGUCUUAAUGUGAAGCCUUCAUCCACUACAGUGAUAGUACCAACCAAAUUCCAUCUGGACAGUGACACAGACUCAAAAGGAAGUGAAGAUCUGGUCCCACCAAACCCAAAACCCAGCACUGGGCUGACUGAGCCCCUCUUGGUGAAAUGCCCAGGGCUCCACUUGAGCAGUGACACGGAUGACGAAGCCACAGAUGAUGAUCCAUUUGCAACCUCAGUGAGAAAGACUCAGGGAAGACGUGGGACUGAGCAGCCUGCUGGUGGGAGAGAGGUCGACUUGAAGAUUGAUUCCAGCAGCGAUAGUGAUGUGGAGAGCAAUGCCACACAGCUGUUUGCCUUCACCUCAAAGCCUGAGCUGGGUUCUCUCCUUCAUCAACCAGCCUCACACAGCUCUCCUCUGAGGGGAGCUGCCCAUGGGUACUCCUCAGACAGUGACACGGACGUGGAAGAACUGGGAUCUGUGAGACCAGGCCCAGGACCUCGCCUUCCAUCUGUGCACUUGUGUCUUGAGAGCGACACCGAUGUGGAGGACGGAGGAGAAGAUGGAGCUGCUGACACGGUGGAUGGGACCGAUGUCUUGCCUGUCGUUGCCAGUGGUGCGAUGGCUUCCGGUGUCGUCGAUCAAAAGUGCUCCACGCCCGUGACAUUGCGUCCUCCGAUACCACCGGUAUUCCCAAGCAGACCUUCUGAAGGCGACCAGGAUGACCUGAAAGAUGACAACUUCUUCAUAGCGGAAACUCAGUCAUUUGUGUCAGAGGCUCCAGGUGGAAGCAGCACGGUGGGCCCAGCCGCUAAGCAGCCCUGCGUGUUGAGCAGCCCCCCAUCCUCAGAGUCGUCCUCUCCUCCAGGUUUUGAGGAGCAGCCCACCAUGGUGUACUCCUUCCAACUUGGGCUGUCAGACAGCAGCCAUGAGCGCCCUGGCUCCUCAAGCCGCCCACCACAAUUGGGCCUCAUUGCAGAGGAUGAACUGAGUGCCACCCAGGCGUAUACAGCAGACACUGUUACUUUAAGGAGCGGAACCGUGGAGAUGGAUAGAGACCUGGAGGCCACCCAGGCUUACAUUAUGGAAGCUGCUGGGGAGGCUGAUGGGGCCGUAAAAAUUUGCACUAAUGACAUUAUGAAUAUACAAGAGGUGGUGGGAGGGGAGGACCAUCAGAGAGAUUUCCAGGCAAACUCCCACCUCUCAACCAGUGACACGCAGCCGGUGUCUGUUCUGGAAGCGGUGGGAAUGGCAGAGUUGGUGCCUGAGAAUGAGGAGGAGGAGGAAGAGGAGGGAGUGAGGAGGAGUCAGUUGCAGAGGCAAAGGGGGUCAGGAAGAGGAAAUGAGGAAGACAAGCAGCCAGGUAGAAGCACUAGGAGUCAGAGGCGAGCUGCAGUUGAUCAGGAACCCCAAAAGAGAGAAACAAGAAGGAUCUCAAAGGCAGGAGGGAUGCGGAAGGGGAAUGGGUCGAGAAGAAAGGCUGUGCCAGACGAAGAUGUGAAGAGUGAUAUGGAGGAAGAUGAGUCUGUGCAGGAGACAAGCAGAGGGACUAGAAGGACAAGGGGGAGAAAGAGUCAGAAAAAGGGGAAGGACAGGUUGAUGAUGUCCAGGGGAACAGAAGGAAAUGAAGGGGAUGAGGUAAUAGGAGAGGAAUGGGAGAACAGUGAAAGAGAAGAUGGCAAAAGGUAUAAGAAAAAGGAGCCGGAAGAGAGGGAGGAGAGAGCGAGGCAGGAGGAGGAAAGGAAGGAGCAGGAAGAGAAGGAGGAAAGAGAGAGAUUGAAGAUGGAAAGGAAGGAGCAGGAAGAGAGGGAGGAAAAAGAGAGGCUGGAUAAGGAAAGGAAGGAUCAGGAAGAGAGGGAGGAGAGAGAGAGGCUGGAGAAGGAAAAGAAGGAGCUAGAAGAGAGGGAGGAAAGAAAGAGGCUGGAGAAGGAAAAAAAGGAGCGGGAAGAGCGGGAGGAGGAAGAGAGGCUAGAGAAGGAAAGGCUGGAGAAGGAGAGGAAGGAACAGGAAGAGAGAGAGAAACUGGAGAAGGAGAGGAAGGAGAGAGAGAGGUUGGAGAAGGAGCAAGAAGAGAGGGAAAAGAGAGAGAGGCUAGAGAAGGAAAGGCUGGAGAAGGAGAGGAAGGAACAGGAAGAGAGAGAGAAACUGGAGAAGGAGAGGAAGGAGAGAGAGUGGUUGGAGAAGGAAAAGGAGAGGGAGGAGAGAGAGAGGUUGGAGGAGGAAAAGGAGAGGGAGGAGAGAGAGAGGCUGGAGAAGGAGCGAGAAGAGAGGGAAGAGAGAGAGAGGCUGGAGAAGGAAAGAAAGGAGUGGGAAGAGACAGAGGAGAGAGAGAGGCUAGAGAAGGAAAGGCUGGAGAAGGAGAGGAAGGAGCAGGAAGAGAGAGAGAAACUGGAGAAGGAGAGGAAGGAGAGAGAGAGGCUGGGGAAGGAAAAGAAGGAGAGGGAGGAGAGAGAGAGGCUGGAGAAGGAGCGGGAAGAGACGGAGGAGAGAGAGAGGCUGGAGGAGGAGAGGAAGGAGAAGGAAAGGCUGGAGAAGGAGAAGGAGCGGGAAGAGAUGGAGGAGAGAGAGAGGCUGGNGAGAAGGCUGGAGGAGGAGAGGAAGGAGAAGGAAAGGCUGGAGAAGGAGAAGGAGCGGGAAGAGAUGGAGGAGAGAGAGAGGCUGGAGGAGGAGCAGGAAGAGAGGGAAGAAAGAGAAAGACUGGAGGAGGAGAGGAAGGAGAGGGAAAGGCUGGAGAAAGAACAAGAGAGGAGAAAGAAUGUAAGGAAAGGAAAAGAAAAACAUGGAGAACAAGUGAAAGAAGAUGAAGAGGAUUUGAUGAAGGAACAAAAGAGAAAAUCAACCAGAGGAAAAAGGAAACAGGAACAGGUUUGCAAGGAAAGAGAGAAAGAUGAGGAGGAGGAGGGUGAGGAGGAAGAGCAGAGAAACUCCAGUCAAGCCAGAGGGAAGAGGACCAGGGGGGGGUUUGCUGUAUCAGCUGAUGAACCGAGGCCUUGUGACAAUGACACAGCCAUGCCUGAGCCCAAACUGAGGCGGGGGACCAGAGCCAGCUCCCGGUGUAACUUGGUUACCUCUGUCAGCUCUGAGAAGUCCACAUCCAGUAUUGGCACACAGGAGAGAAGCCAUCUCAGGAAGGGUCAGAAGGGAACUAGUCAGAGUGGAUACACCACUCUCAGUAUGCAGGGAGAAGGAAACCUGGCCUCCAGUGGGGGAAUGGGGAGUUGUGCAACAUCCAACUCCAUGGGAACGUCUCCAGAAAGGGCCAUGCAGACUGAAAAUGUGCAGGAGAACAAUAGGUCCAGCACCACUAAGGGAGCUGACACAGAGGACAAGGAAACACAUCACAGUUCUGCAAAGGCAAGUCAAGUUUUGGAUAGAGAUGAUCCAGGGCCGAGUAUGAAUGAUGGAGGAGAUUGCAAGGGUGGUAAAGUGAGUCCCUCAGAUACAGCAACCACUGAAGCUGACCAAACCAUCAAGGACUCAGAAGCUGAUGAUGGAAAGGUGUUGUCUUCUAGGUCAAAGAGUCGGAGCAGGUCCCAGAAACAAGACCUGAAGGGAGUUCUGGAUGAGGUGGAACAGGCCAACAGUUUCAAGGUGCCUAUGGACAGGCGAAAAUCUCAGAGGGGUGGGAAGCGGAGAGGAGAGGAGCUGGAUGGGGAUGAAACAGGAGAAAAGGGAGUGGAGGGGGAGAUACCACAGCCUGCUGUAAAGAAAGGAAUCUCAGGUGCAGCCUUGGCGAAGAAAAUGAAGCAGGAGGAGAGGGAAGAGGCCCAGGGGGAUCAAAAAGAAGAGCAGGGCAGUACAGGUUUAGUACAGCUGAAGAGCAGGGGGAGGCAGGCAGUAGCCCAAAAGAAGAAGGAGAGGCAGGUAGAGAUGUCAGAAGAACAGGAGACCAAGGAUGAAGCUCUUGACCCCACCUCUGAACAGGACGGGCCUGGUGUGGACAUAGAGGUACCACAAACUCCGGUGGGUAGAGGUUCCCGAAAGCGUGUAGCCUCAAGCAAGUCCCCUCUUGCAGUCAAGACGCCUCGCCGCAGCUCUGUACAGGCCACCUCACCGACUGUCCUGAGCGGAAGCCCUCAGGCUCCUAAGGUGCUGUUCACCUGUGUGACGGACGAGGCUGGUGAGGCUGCUCUAUCUCGCCUGGGAGGCAGCCUGGCGAGGGGUGUAGCCGACAUGACCCAUCUCGUCACUGACAAGGUGCGACGCACAGUGAAGUUCCUCUGUGCCGUGGCUCGUGGUGUUCCUGUGAUCACCCCCUGCUGGCUGGAAAAGUGCAGUAAGAAUGGUGCAUUCCUCUCACCGCAAGCCUUCCUAGUGAAAGAUGUCGAGCAGGAAAGGAAGUUCAACUUCUGCCUGGAGGAGGCCCUGCAGACGGCACGUGCCCAGCCCCUCCUACAGGGGUAUGAGAUCCACGUGACCCGCUCUGUAAAGCCUGAUCCGGCCCAGAUGAAGGACAUAAUUACCUGCAGCGGAGCUCGCUACCUCUCCAGGAUGCCCACGGUCCUCAAGCCGCAGACGGUGGUGAUCUCCUGUGCAGAGGAUGCCUCGCUCUGUGGCCCUGCCCUGGCCGCCUCCAUCCCCAUGCUCAGCGCAGAGUUCCUGCUCACCGGCAUCCUGCAGCAGAAGGUCGACCUCGUCACUCACAGCCUCAUCGGGACAGGGUUCGCAGCCCCCGAGAAUGAGAUUCCCAAGGGACGACGCAAGCGAUGAGGAUGGGGGGGGGGGGGCUGGCUCCUUUGGAUGUAGCGAGCUGCAGCGUCCCCUGGGGGACUUUGAAGGUGUUUGGGAAGAAGUGAGCCGGAGAUGAAGAGUCUGGGGACAGCGGUGACGUUAUGGGGAUGUGCGGGGAAUGGAGGACUCAGUAGCUAUGUUUAGCAAGCCUAAAAAGUUGACCAUCUUUCUUCUCUUCUGGUAUUGGGCCUUUUUAUAAUCCUUAGUCUCACUGUGUGAUUUCCCCACUUUCUGCCAUUUUAAAGUGACACUUUUUACACACAUUGUUAGUAUUUUAUAAGGAUGAAUGACUGCUGACUGUAAACACUUUAUUAUGUGUGACAUCAAUCCUUCCCACCUGCCUCUGGCCUCUCCGAGGUCAGCGUGUCUUUUGGAGGCAGAACGGUGUGGUUCUGCCAAGCUGCUAUGAACCUGUCUAACUCGCACUGUCUGAUUCCGAAAGAUUCUUAUUCUGUCAGUGAACAUUUUUUAUUCUGGACAGGAAAGGAAAACUGGAGCUUCUGGGUGUUUUCGCACAUGUAAUCGCCAUACCUGUCCUGUAUCCUCUCUAAGAACUGCUACUCUUAAUGAUAUGUUUAACUGUUAAUUACAAUAGCUGUUUCUGUGUCUAAAUAAAGUUUGUGAAUGUUAUUUUUUUUAUGAAGUAGGUUGACCCUACCAGCACCGGACUUUUUCUAGACUGUGAAAAAGUAAGCCAAACUAGAAAGCCUGUUCCUAUUGGGGCUGUGUUGGCCAUUGUCAUAAAACUGUUACGUAAAGAUA